AGACCGAUCAGCAACCACGAAAUCUUUUAUACUAUCGUCAAGUUCUUCUUCCGAAUAAAGUCACAUCCGCAUCUCUGAAGCCACUCGGAAGUAGGAUAUCGAAAGGAAAGAGGACGCAAAAUAUCCUUUUUCUGAUGGCGGCUCUGUCGCUGUCCGCUGCUUGUUCGCGCACCUCCAUGCCCAGCCGCUCUUCUUCGCCGCCCAUGUUGUUCUCCAUCUGGAAGCCUGCCUCCAAACCCUCAUCAGUCUCGUGGGCAUCUUCCAUUCCCGACAUUGCGAUCGCCAUACACAGUAUAGUUGGAAUUUCAUCUCCACUUGCACACAACAGUCAGCUGCAGAUUGGUGUUGUUCAAGCUGCUUGGACACGAAGAUCUCGAGGAGAGGCUGCAAAGAAACCUAAUAGAAAAUCAUGGAAGCAAAGAACUGAUAUGUACAUGCGUCCAUUCCUUCUGAAUGUCUUUUUCUCCAAAAGAUUUAUACAUGCCAAGGUAAUGCACAGGGGAACAAGCAAGGUUGUUUCUGUUGCAAGCACAAAUGCAAAGGAUCUCAGGAACACAUUGCCGUCCCUCACUGACUAUGAUGCGUGCAGAACAAUUGGGCAAUUAAUUGCUGAAAGAUCUAAGGAAGCUGAUGUAUUUGCUAUGGCAUUCGAACCGAAGAAAAAUGAACGAAUUGAAGGCAAACUUGGUAUUGUCCUUGACACCAUCAAAGAGAAUGGCAUUAUUUUUGUGGCUUAAUAGAUCUGAGUUCUGUUAAAUAAUUCAAUCUUUGUCUCUUUCCAGUCUUAAUAUGGUUGCAUAUAGAAACGUAAUGAAUUAUAUAUGGUUAUCUAUUUCUUAUUAGGUGUAUGAGUCAGUUCAUAUAAUGUCCUUGAUGUGUGCAGUGUAUAGGAAAUUAAUUUUAUGUCAAUGUUUUGAUGAUAUGUUGUGCAUGGGGCUUUGUUAGAUUAUCAUUGUACUUGUGGAUGUUGCUCAAAAAAUUGCUUAGGGGACAUUUGGGAUUAGAAUUAUCA